AUGGACUCCCCCGCGUCCACCCCAGACGGCGAAUUCGACGCCGACACUCCCUUUGGCUCGCCUUCCCCAACCUCUCCUCCUGCGCCGUCGAGUCCUACUUCCAAUGCCUCUGCCAACUCGUUGUCGGUUGAGCGCCCCGCCGUGCGUUCUCAUUCCACUAGCGGCGCAACGCCAGGCAUGACGCCUUCCUCUACGCCCUUGGGCAACAUCAAUGCCGCAAGAAACCCUCGCCCGACCGCCGUCCCGACUAUUUCCAGCCGAGGCAGCGGCCUGAAUGUGUCACAAGAUAUCUUGGCGAGGAUACAGGCUGUGCACCUGGGGCGAAAAGGUGCCCCGCCAACUGGCUUGCCGGGAAGAGGGCCAAAUAUGUCACAAAGCCCUGCUCCCGGUACGGGUCCUGCUCCCCAGCGAGGUCCUAUGUCGCCUGGAGGUGCCAUGAUGGGAGGCGUACCUCCCAACUUCCGCAUGCCUCCAAACGUAAGACCGUCCCCGCCCAACUUCCAGUCAGCGCCGGCUGUACCUGGCCGAGCAGGCAGCGGACCUAAGCUGUCUCUCGCCGAAAAACGCGGCCUCAGACUUCCUGGCGGUAUGCCUGGCGCACCAAGCAUGGGUAACAGCCCCGCACCCCCUGCUGGCAAGAAGAAGCCUGGUCUUACUCUGUCGCAAAUGAACGGAGAUCAGCCAAAGGAAGGAGAAGCGCCUAAGAAGCAAGAGACUAUGUUGGAGAAAUACUCUAAUUUCAUCGACACAAAGACUGGUAGUCUGACAUUCAAGGGCAAGGCGACGCUGAACUCAGACGGUGUGCAAUUCGCAGGCGGUACCUCCUUCAAUAUUUCCCUGGACGAGGUCGACACCCUGGAUGAACUCGGCAAGGGUAACUAUGGUACGGUAUACAAAGUCCGACACAGCAGGCCACGAAUGAGGAAACCAGGCCAAGGUUUGGCAGGCAACAAGGCCGCGCCAGGCCCACAGAACGCCGAAGAUCUCGAACCAAUUCCAGCGACAACAGUACCCUCAGGAGGCACCGGAAUCGUAAUGGCGAUGAAGGAAAUGAGACUCGAGCUCGAUGACUCCAAAUUUGCGAGUAUCAUUAUGGAGUUGGAUGUGUUGCAUCGCUGCAUCUCCCCAUAUAUUGUCGAUUUCUACGGAGCGUUCUUCCAAGAGGGCGCGGUGUACAUCUGUAUGGAGUUUAUGGACGGUGGCUCGAUAGACAAGAUGUAUGGUGAUGGUGUACCAGAGAACGUACUCCGGAAAAUCACAUUAGCCACGACGAUGGGACUGAAGUCACUCAAGGACGAACACAACAUCAUUCAUCGAGACGUCAAGCCAACAAACAUCCUCAUGAACACGAGAGGGCAAAUCAAAAUCUGUGAUUUUGGUGUCAGUGGAAAUUUGGUGGCAAGUAUUGCCAAAACGAACAUUGGGUGCCAGAGUUACAUGGCCCCCGAACGAAUAUCUUCGGGCGGAGUAGCCCAAGCUGGUGCCAACCCUGGAGGUGGCACAUACAGUGUGCAGAGCGACAUUUGGAGUCUGGGUCUCACCAUCAUCGAGUGCGCAUUAGGCCGAUAUCCAUAUCCGCCAGAGACUUACAACAACAUCUUCAGCCAGCUUGCUGCUAUUGUCGAUGGCGAACCCCCAGAUCUUCCCGAGGAAGGAUUCUCAGACGCGGCUAAGAACUUUGUACGCGGCUGCUUAAACAAGAUCCCCAAUCUACGACCGACAUACGCCAUGCUGCUUCAACACGCAUGGCUCGCCCCCUUGGCUAAGCCAGCAACAAUUACCGAAGAAGACGAAGAGGAGGUGGAAGCGGCGGCAGAAGCAAUUGGUGGUGAAGCAGCUGGCGACCAGGGGCCAGCCCAGCCGAUCGAACCCGUUCAUGACAAAGAAGUGGCAGAUUGGGUCAAAGAUGCGAUUGACAAGCGGAAGAAAGGACUCUUGGGCAAAGGCGUACCAAAGCCUGCACUACAUGCUGCACCAUUGGACGCAGUGUCAAGUCCUUCGGCGGAUGGCCCGAUUGGCCUAGAUGCAGCCGCACCACCAGUAGCAACAGCGUAG